AUGAAGGGUUCAUCAGAGAGAAAGUACAUGCAAGAAUUUCUCCUAUACGCCGCAAGCGCAGCGUUGAGUUGUUUGGUAUUAUUCACCGGGCUCCAUUACCUAGACCCCAGCCGUGAAUCUUCCAAGAAAGCUCUCGAACACAAGAAAGCCAUUGCAAAGCGUCUAGGUCGUCCCCUCAUUCACACAGAUCAAUAUGAGGAUAUAAUAGCAGGUGAUGUUAUAAAUCCUGACCACAUUGAUGUAGAGUUUGACUCCAUUGGGGGACUCGAAUCUAUUAAACAAACUUUGUUUGAGCUUGUUAUUCUACCCUUGAAACGCCCCGAGUUGUUUUCGCAUGGUAAGCUCCUUGGACCAUUAAAGGGGGUUUUGUUGUAUGGACCCCCGGGCACUGGGAAAACCAUGCUUGCCAAAGCUAUUGCCAGGGAGUCUGGAGCGGUUUUCAUUAAUGUGAGGAUAUCCAACCUCAUGAGCAAGUGGUUCGGAGACGCCUCAAAGCUUGUGUCGGCUGUAUUUAGUUUGGCUUAUAAGCUUCAGCCUGCCAUCAUAUUCAUUGAUGAAGUAGACAGUUUUUUGGGUCAGCGUCGUCAAUCAGAUCACGAGGCUUUGUUAAACAUGAAAACUGAGUUCAUGGCUCUAUGGGAUGGAUUCACUACCAACCAGAAUGCCCGAAUUAUGGUACUUGCAGCAACUAAUCGUCCUUCAGAACUUGAUGAAGCAAUACUUCGGCGUUUUCCUCAAUCCUUUGAAAUUGGACUUCCUGACCAGAAGGAAAGGGCUGAUAUAUUGAAAAUUAUCUUAAAGGGUGAAAGGAUUGAAGAUAACAUAGACCUCAAUUAUAUAGCUAGCUUAUGCGAGGGUUACACUGGUUCAGAUCUAUUUGAUCUUUGUCAGAAGGCCGCCUAUUUUUCUAUUAGAGAACUGCUGGAAUAUGAGAAGAAAGGGAAACAAUCUCCUGUACCUAGACGUUUGUCACAGUUAGAUUUGGAGAAGACCCUUUCCACUUCACGGACAAUGGUUGCUGCAAGUGAAUACGAUGGAUUGAACCAACAGUCAUCAUCAAGACGGACAUUUCCUGUUGAUUCAGAGUAG